AUUGCAGUAGCUCUGACAGCCGCUGUUACCUCCUCUCCAUCUCCAACUACAUCUUUUAAUGGCGGCAUCUACAACGGAGAAAACAGAUCGCCGGCCCAUUCGCAGACUGAGAUCCAAGAGCGAUACACCUUACCUUGCCGAGGCUAGGAUAUCAUUGAACGUGGAGACAGCUGAGGAGGUGGAGAGGCUGGCAGCGAUGCGUUCCGAGUCGCUGGUGCCUGGGACCCACACGCCGCCCAUUCGCCGGCGGAGCAAGCUGGCCUCGCUGGGGCGGCUGUUCAAGCCCUGGAAGUGGAGGAAGAAGAAGAGCGAGAAGUUCAAGCAAACGUCGGCAGCUCUGGAAAGGAAGAUCUCCACGCGGCAGAGUCGUGAGGAGCUGAUCAAACGCGGAGUGCUGAAAGAGAUUUUUGAAAAAGAUGGAUGUGCUCAGGAGGAGGUGGUAGAGAACGGGCAGGUGCGGACAUCCCGGCUGGAGGAAGGGGAGGCUGAGGCAGCGCUGGCCACGGCCAUCGAUGAUGACACCAAUCCUUGCUCAGACUCCCUCGACAAACCAGCUGCAGACGACAGUCCCGGCGACAGUGGAACGGGGGGGUUGAGUGAGCCGGAGACGACAGCCAAACCAGCCCUGACUCUCCCACCAAAGAAGACGGUCGCCUUCCACUGCGACGGUGCUGAAACGCCACCCAAGCAACAGCCGCACCCCAAACAGCCCCCUGCCCUGCCCCCCAAACCGCUCACCAGGAUCGCCCACCACCUAGCCGCUUUCCCCACCGCCUACACCAUUCCUCGGCUAAGACGACAGGCCGAUCGGCAAACCACCUAUUCACACGACUCCGCCCUUUGCACUUCCAAGAGACCAGUGGGGCACCUACGAGCCAUCAGGGACGCUGGCCAGCCGGUGAAGCUGCCGUGCAUGCUGCCGCUCAGACUCUCACCUCCUCUUCCGCCAAAGAAAGUGAUGAUCUGCAUACCGCCGCAGGCGGGCGAUGUCCCGUCCAGCUCCUACCCCUCGGUGCAGAAGAUCUCACAGCAAUCCUCCCAGCUGCAGUACGGGGUGUCGCGCACGUCCUCGUUGCCCCCCGGCCUGGCCAUCCACCCGACCAUGCCCACCAGCAAGGUGAUCGAGGAGCUCAACAAGACCCUGGCUCUGACCAUGCAGCGGCUCGAGAGCUCAGGACUGCACACGGGCGAGAUUGGAAUGAGAACGGUGAGGAUCAACACGGUGGAUACUCGGCAAGUGCCGACGGUGGAGAUCGAGGAUGACGAUGAUGACGAUAAGGAGAAUGUGCCGAAUGAAUCGGACUACGAGGACACGUUCAGCAUGCAGGGAGAGGACGAGGAAGUGGACGAGGGCGACGAGGAUGAUGAUGAAGAUGAAGACAGCUUCUUCACAAGCUCGUUGGCGCUAAAGGUUUGCAGGAAAGACUCUCUGGCAAUUAAACUCAGCAACAGGCCCUCCAAGCAUGAUCUGGAGGACAAGAAUAUCAUUCCCAUGCAGACCGACGAGGAGCGGCUGGAAAUGCGGCAGCAGAUCGGCACAAAGCUGACCAGGUCGGUAACAUGCCAAUCUGUCUGA